AUGGACAUUUCAGAUAAAAACUUCAGACCGUGCCCCUGUGGCUAUCAAAUCUGCCAAUUCUGUUAUAACAAUAUUCGUCAAAACCCUGAGCUUAACGGAAGAUGUCCCGGUUGUCGUAGACUAUAUGAUGACGAAAGCGUCGAGUAUAAGACAUUGACAGCUGAGGAAUAUAAGAUGCAACAGCUCAAGAGAGAGAAGCGUGAGCGUGAAAAGAAGCAGAAGGAGAAGGAGAAGAAGGAGCUGGAAAUAGCGUCCAAAAAGCACUUGGCUGGGCUUCGUGUGGUUCAAAAGAACCUUGUUUACGUUACUGGCUUGAGUCCUCCAUGUGCCCCAGAAGAUUUGCAUUCAGUUUUACGCUCUGACAAGUACUUUGGUCAGUAUGGCAAGAUUACGAAAAUUGUCAUCAACAAAAAGACUCCGGGCGGCGGCAGUAACGUCCCUGUCACCUCCGGUAAUCAGAGCAUCGUCGUUUACGUCACAUUUGCUAAGAAAGAAGAUGCCUCAAGAUGCAUAGCUGAGCUUGAUGGCUCCUUGUGUGAUGGUAGAGUCCUUAGAGCAGCUCAUGGUACUACCAAGUACUGUCUGUCCUACCUCAGAGGCCAUCCAUGUGCCAAUCCUAAUUGUAUGUUUUUGCAUGAACCAGGUGAGGAAGCUGAUCUGUACACUAGAAAGGAUUUGCUGACCCAACAGGGUAUCAAGAUGGGCAUGAGCGGAUCUCGUGGUGGCCAGCACCAUCUGGUUGAUGAAGAUACUCAACUGGAAUCUGAGGACCACCAACAGGCUCUGCAGUCUUCCAGUAAUCAUCCCGCAGCAUUCCAAUCCACCACUCCUAAUAUUGCCCAUGCAGUUGCCUCCUCUACAGGCGUCGUUCCAUCCACUGGUCUUCCUUCAGCAGGUGCUACUCUUCCUGCCACAGCACAUUGGGCGAAAGCUCUGGAAUCCGCGCAGGCAUCACCUCUGGUCAAUAAUAACGCUCCAAUGACCAAUACAGCAGCAUUUCCAUCAUUGGGCGAGAUUUUCAAGGAGCAAAAGCAAAAGAAAGAUGUUAAGCAGAAAUCCAAGGGUAAGUCCAACAAGGACGGUCAGUUGUUGCCAGAUGAUGUCGACAUUGACGAUAAUUCGGCUGUUCUGUUUGCUGAAGAUACAGCUGAGAGAUUGAAGCAUCUUGCAGCAACCAGACAGCAGUUGAAGGUUCAUUUCGAUGACUUGACUCUGAAGGAAGAUCUUUUGCCUUUGUUCCACUAUAACGAGUCUUACGGAAACAACUCAUGUACUCCAGAAGAGGAGAAGGUCUUUUCUCGUCUUAUUAUUGAGCAAUUCCUUUUGAGACCCAUCAAGAAGUAUCACUUGGCUUAUCAGAACCAUCCAAUUAGUCAACAACAACAGUUUUUGCAUCAACAAGCACAAUUGCAGCAGCAGGCGCAAGCUGCUCAGUUGGCUCAAACACCUAAUUUAAACUCAUCUCGUUUGCAGCAAUUGGAUCAACACCUCCAGCAGCAGCAACCCCAGGGACAGAACACCCAACCACAGUUGCAAGCACAACCACUGGGACAGCCACAGAUGUCCGACCCUGCUUUACAGCAACAGCAGCAAUUGCUCUUGUUGCAACAACUCCAGCAGCAGGCGGUACAACAAGGAAAGCAACAGCAAACACCCUCGCAGCUUUCCGCUCAGCUCAACCAGUUGAGAAUGAGUGAAAGGAGCAAGACAGCUACUCCUCCACCACCGGGCUUAUUUGGCAAGGCUACACCAGACAAUGCUCAGCAACCACCUGCCCCUGCAAACCAGUCUUCCAGCUCUCAGUUGUUGACUCAAUUGAUGAGUGGAAAGAAAUAG